AUGUCUCUAAAGCAUUUCUCUGUGGACUACGAUCAGGUCAACGAACGGGGAACGUUCUCUUCCGGAGACGUCCUGUCCGGAAGAGUGACUGUGGUGGCCGGCGAGGACACCAAAGUGCAGAGUUUGACGGUCAAAGCUAAAGGCAACGUGGAGGUCAAAUGGUACGGUCAAGAUGGAGCAAGCACGGUGCUCCACCGAGAUGAGAAGAAAUACUUCUGCUUGGAACGCAUCAUUCUUCAGGAUAAGAAGAUAGGAGACGGUUCAGAAAUUAUUCAUCAAGGGAGAAGCGUAUAUCCUUUUACCUUUGUGAUUCCAAAUAUCGAUAUGCCUUCGUCAUAUGAGGGGAAAUGGGGCAGAAUCACCUACAGUUUACAAGCUCAGCUUACUCAGUCAAUCGGGAAGAUACACAAAACCAGGAUCGAGUUCCCGUUUCGGACCAAGUCCGAGUUCCCCUUUGCCGCCAAAUCAGAAAUGCCAAUCGUCGUACUUCAAGAGCAGCAAUGCGCAACCAAAAUUUCCUUUUGUGGGUCUGGAAAGGUUACGUUGAACGUGACUUCGGAGAAAAUGGGACUGACGCAAGGUGAGACGAUGGACGUUUCUGUUGAAGUCAUCAACGGAUCAAAUAGUGCGGUAACGCCCAAAUUCUUCCUUUGUGAGAAGCAAAUCUUUGUCGCUCGGGCCGCGACGACCGUGCACACGAGUGAGAUCCUCUUCGGCACAGGAGAGUCUGUCUCAGCUUGGACCAGUCGCACCAUCCGUAAUGUUUUAAGUAUCCCCCCGCAGCUCUCCCCCACCUUCUUCAACUGUUCCAUGAUCAAGCUCGAGUAUACUCUCAAGGUCACGCUGGGAGGGCAACUCGCAAGAGAUCCAGACAUCAAACUUCCUCUGGUCAUUCUACCAGGAUCAUCCCAACCAUGUCAUCAAAAAGCAAAGUGUGGAAGCUUCCACUCGAAGAAAGUCUCAAAUUAGCGUCACAAAAUGUGUAAAUGGAGUGACAUGAAUAUGAAAGUGAUUUAUUUUCUUCUCUUUGUCUGUUUCUUGGCACCGAACGGCAACGUUGUGCGCAUUUUCCAUCCGCCGAAAACCUCCGAGCAAGCACCAAAUUGCACGAGCGUUAACGUGAAUACGUAGUAUUAUUUUCAUCCAUUGAUUAGUUAGUGCGGCACGGUAGAUCAGCUGGUAAAGC